UUGAGAAGUGGGGAAGAGGAAGAGGUAAUAUUGUGUAGAGUUGUGUGUAGAGUCACGUGACCUGCUCUAAGCUAACCAAUUUUCUUCAGUGAAUGGAGAAAAAGUUAAGGAAGGUCGAGGUCUAAAGUGUUCCAUUGCCGGGAUACCAGUCAAUCUACAGGACAUGUCUGAAUCCAGCGCUCCACCGGCCCCAGUUGCCGCCCCACCACCGCCACCCCCUGCGGCCCCUAAAGUCUCAAAAUCCAUCCCCAAUUCUAUCAAGUUCCUUUUCGGUGGUCUUUCUGGAAUGGGUGCCACUUGUUUUGUUCAACCUCUUGACCUUGUUAAAAAUAGAAUGCAGCUCAGUGGUGAAGGUGGUAAAGCAAGAGAACACAAAACCAGUUUUCAUGCCAUUCGAAGUAUCUUAAAGAAUGAAGGCAUUACUGGUAUGUACACAGGAUUGUCUGCUGGACUUCUUCGUCAAGCAUCCUAUACCACGACACGUCUCGGCAUCUACACUAUGCUUUUCGAUAAAUUUUCAGAUGGUGACAAACCCCCUGGUUUCUUCACAAAGGCAGCUAUCGGAAUGACAGCUGGGGCAAUUGGUGCCUUUGUCGGUACACCUGCUGAGAUCUCUCUCAUUCGAAUGACUGCUGAUGGCAGGUUACCUGUAGAUCAACAAAGAGGUUACACCAACGUAUUCAAUGCCCUCUUUCGUAUCACUAAAGAAGAAGGAGUACUAACACUAUGGAGGGUAAAUAUCGUUGUUGUUGUUGUUAAUUCAGCUGUUGUCAGAACACCUGGAGUCUUGCAUGGAUACUGUUCCAACGAGUCCACUCAGCUGAUAAAAAGGACAUACUUUUCUGAUAACAUCAUGUGCCAUUUUGGUGCCAGUAUGAUUAGUGGUCUAGUCACUACAGCAGCAUCAAUGCCAGUAGACAUUGCAAAGACCAGAAUUCAGAACAUGAAAAUUAUAGAUGGUGUGCCAGAAUAUAAAGGAGCAUUGGAUGUCUUUUACAAAGUAAUUCGCUCAGAAGGAUUAUUCAGCUUAUGGAAGGGUUUCACUCCCUAUUAUGCCAGACUUGGUCCUCAUACAGUUCUCACUUUUAUUUUCCUGGAGCAAAUGAACAAGAUGUAUCGCAGAAUUGUUAUGAACGAUCUGGAAGGACGCAGUGGUUUGUAGUGUUUAACAAUUGGCAGCUGAAUUAUCAGUUGUCAAUUGUUUGCAGCAUAAUACUUGGCAGGAGUUGUUGAAAGCAAAAAACAAAAAAAACUGAUACACAUUUGUAUACUCACACAAUGUAUGUCUAUAAUUAUGUAUACUUGCAUACAUUAACACACACAUACCAUAUAAGUGGGUUCAAAGUCAUACCAUAUGACCCUGUCAAAGUGAUUGAACUUUUGAUGUUUAGAACUAAAUUGAUUUUGUGGUAAAUACAAAAAAGGGGGAAAAAUGGGGGGAAAAAAAGUCACUCUGGGUUUCCUUGUCUGUAGGAGGGUGGGGGUAGUACUAAAAAUAUGGAUUGAAAAGAAUUAUUCAGUAGAACAAUUUGUUUUGUAAUUUCUAC